AAGAGGACGUGAUACCCAUAUGUGUUGUCUUACAAAUGUAACAUAGCAAAUUUUACACUCAGCAGAUCACGUUUUGCUCCGUUAGUUUAAAAAUUGGAAUGAAUUAAUCUUUUAUAAAAUUUAAAGGGACAACCGCUUUAUUGGGACAAAAUGACACGCAACCGAUGUAUCCUAAUAAAGCAAAAUCGACUGUAUUAAAAAAUUGUUAUUGGUACCUAGAAUCUUUAAUAUUACUGACAGUUGUUAAUCAACUUCGAAACGUCUAAUAUAUACAAAAAAACAGUAUUGAUGACUAUAAUUCAUAAGAUGACUAACAGUUCGUUGUUUAAAAUAAUGAAUCUUAAAGGACUACGUGCUCUUAAUGGACAUUUAAUUUACCAUACAUUUUCGAGAAAUAAUCACUGGUCAAAGUGCAGUUAUUUAUAUGGAGCUUCGAGUGAUCCACUCAAACCUUAUACAAUCGGAGGAGUUUUCAAUGACGCUGUGCAACAGACUCCGGACCGAGAGUUCCUAGUCAGCCGUCACGAGAAUAAACGAUACACGUUUGCCGCCAUAGAUUUCGAGGUGGAUAAGUUGUGUAGGAGCUUUAAUGCUAUUGGCCUAAAGCACGGAGAUCGAGUCGGAAUAUGGAUGCCCAAUUGCGCGUUUUAUUAUUUGGCGAUUAUCGCGACAGCUCGCCUAGGACUGAUAUUGGUAAACGUUAACCCAGCCUAUCAAAGUGAAGAAUUAAAAUACUGUUUAACGCUGGCUGAAGUGAAGUGUCUGUUAACCAUAAAGAAGUUUAAGACUCAAAACUAUCUUGAGAUAUUGGAGAAGGUCGAUCCGGAUAUUUGGAAGCGACCACCUAAUACGCCAGUUAAAUCGAAAAUCUUACCCAUGCUGAAAUCGGUUAUUUUUGAUUCUGAAAAUCGUUUUAACGGUGCCUAUAAUUUACAAUCAUUCUUAGACCUGGGUUUCAAUACAGAUUAUAAUAUUCCUAAAAUUCAACCAGACGAAGGAUGUAAUAUUCAGUUUACUUCAGGUACCACUGGAAAGCCAAAAGCAGCAUUAUUAAAUCAUUUUGGGCUAAUUAACAACGCUUACAGUAUCAUGAAGCGUUCAAGGAUCUACGAUGAUAACAAUGAAGGUAAAUUACAUAAGUUCUGCUGUUCAAUGCCUUUAUUUCAUGCUUUUGCUUUAUCUCUCGCGGUCGUUGCACCUAUUGUUACUAAAUCAACAGUUUAUUUACCGUCAGCUCACUUUGAUCCAAAAGCGACGGCUGAUGUUCUUACGAAAGAAAAAUGUACUUUUAUAUUUGGUACGCCAACAAUAUACGUGGACACUAUGUCUGUUUUCGAAAAACUUCCAGCAGAACAACAAGAUAACAACAUUAAGCUCGCAAUAACCGGUGGCGCUCCUUGUUCUCCAAAUUUGAUGUCCAAGUUUAAGAACAUGUUCCCACGAGCUAAAAUAUUGUCUGUGUUCGGGAUGACAGAAACCAGUCCCUGUACGUUUCUAAACUUCUUGAAUGACUCAGAUGAACGGAUAAUGUCGACGAUGGGUUUCAUACUAGAUCACGUGGAGGCGAAAGUGGUGGAUACCAAUGGCGAUAUGGUACCGUUCGGGACUUCCGGAGAAUUGUUGAUUCGUGGAUACCUAAAAAUGAAUGGUUAUUUUAACGACGAAGAAAAAACUAAAGAAAUGAUUGAUUCGAAUGGGUGGUUACACACGGGAGACCAUUUCGUAUUGUUCGAAGACGGAUAUGGCAAUCACGUCGGCAGAUUAAAAGAAAUGAUUAUCCGCGGUGGUGAAAACUUAUUUCCUAAAGAGAUAGAAUACUUUUUGGAGUCUCAUCCAUUGAUUUCACAAGUUCAAGUAUACGGUGUACCCGAUCAACGGAUGGGCGAAGAAGUGUGUGCCAGCGUCAUCCUCAAAGAAGGAGCUACGCUCACCGAAGCAGACAUAAAAGCGUACAGCAAAGGAAAGAUCGCCCACUUUAAGAUCCCCAAGUAUAUAUUUAUUGAAAAGGAUGCGUUCCCGAUGACGGGAUCAGGCAAAGUGCAAAAGUAUAAAUUAAGAGAAAUGGCGAUACAGCGGAUUUCGAGUUUAACUUAAUCUAGUUAUUUUAUAUCACAAAACUCGGUGAUAAUUAUUAAUGUAGGUAUAAUAAUUAUUAAUUCGUAUCCACAUCGUUGUUUGCAUCAAAACAAGUUCCGUAUCGAUUAAUGUUUUUACUUUUUGUAAUAAUAACAUUUUACUUACUUUAUUAUAAUAUUACCGCACUACAGCUAUCUAAACAGCAAGUUGUGUUAUCACUCUUACAAAGCUUAUGGAGUAAACAAACGCAUAGUAUUUUUUUUAUUUAUUAAACGCUAAUUACUUAUAAUAUUAUUUUAUUAUUAUUCAUUAAAC